GGGCCAGCAGCGUCCUGGCGGGGAUCGGGCCAGACGGCGAGGGAGGAAGCGCACGGAAGGGCGAAGGUGCCACUUUCUGGGCUUUUCUGUCCUUGGGGUGGGCGGGGGGCUCCCCCAGGUCUGUUCUUGCUGGGCAGCCCAGUCCUUCCAGCGGGCUUCCUCGGGAGUAAGCCAAGUGGACUUCGGUGGGGCAUGACUCUCGGGCGGGCCAGUGGGUUCUCUCUUCCCUUCUGCUGAACUCUCUCCACGACAAGGAUGGCCACGUCCCGGAUCCGUUUGCGGGCCACCCGGAAACUUCGCCAGUGGACCGUGGAGCAAGUAGAGAGCGGGAAGUUUCCCGGGCUGGUCUGGGACGACCCCCCAGCCAAUACAAUGUUCCGCAUCCCAUGGAAACACGCCGGGAAGCAGGAAUUCCGCCAUGAAGAGGACGCCGCGUUUUUCAAAGCUUGGGCCAUGUUUAAAGGGAAGUACAAGCCGGGGGAGCCCCUCGACCCCGCCACUUGGAAGACGCGCAUCCGUUGCGCUUUGAGCAAGAGCCCCGAGUUCGAGGAGAUGCCACAUCGCUCCCGGCUGGAUAUCGGAGAGCCCUACAAAGUGUACCGCCUGGUGCCGCCGUCUGAGCAGUGCGUGAGCGAGGGGAGCCUAUCUAAACAGUGGAGGAGUCGGCAGGUGAAGCGGGAACAGUCCUCCGUGAAAAAGAAGGGCCACCGCAACAGCAGCAGUGUCCCCCAACCACCUGGCUCCCUUUCCGUCCUGAAAAGGGAAGAGAGCUCCGGCUCAGAAGCUCUGGCUAGCUACAUCCCCAAAGCAUAUGAGCCUUCGACCUACCAGACUGGAGAAUCCAGCCCUCAGCCCGGUGAAACAGCGCCAGAUGUGAAAGAGAGCCUUCUCCAGCUGAAUCCGGAUCCCAUCUCCGCUGCUGCUGUGGAAACAGGCGACUUCUCCAUUCGGCUCUCCGUCUUCUACAGCGGCAAGCUGAUCCAGACAAUCUGGCUCCCGGAAGGCGAGUUCCUCAUCACAUCUGUCGCUGCUCCACCAGGAGCUCCGACUAACAGCAUGACCCGUGUGGUGCUGCCGCUCCCAGCCACAAUGGAGGACCCUCAAAAGGAGACCCUUCAGCGUUUGCUGAAGGGUCUGGAAAAAGGCGUGAUGGCUGCCAGCAACCAGAAAGGGAUAUUCAUCCAGUACCGGGGCAAAGCCUGCAUCUCUUGGUGGGGACCCCAGGUAUCCCAACCCCAUGGCAAGCUUGAGCCGGACAUUUACCUUCAGUUGUUCAACACCAGGACAUUUCAAUCAGGGCUGGAGCAGAGCAAACUGGGCUGUGUUCCUCAUCCAGAACACCAGGUUACUCUCUGUGUAGGAGAGGAACUGGGAGAGAAUGAAAGCGUGGACAGCAAGCCCAUCAUCAUCAAAAUGGAACAAAUCUUUGCUCUUCGGCUACUCUCUCCUCCUCCUCCUCCUCCUCCUGUAGUCGAAGCAGCGUCUUGCUCCGAUCUGGUCUUAACCGCUCUUUGGUCUGCAGAUAUCGUGCCCUGAGAACUGGAAUCUUGACCUCUCUCUUUAAAUUGAACUGUUCGUAGGGGUUGCAGUUCCUGUCUUCCUGGUUAGGGCGGGACUUCCUUUCAGGUGGUCCAGCUCUGUCAGUGAACUUGUACCUGUUAUGUAAUAAUAUGUAAAACACUAGAGCUUGACCCAGAGGCAGCAUCUAGGGAUUGGCUUGUAGGUAUGAUUUAUUUCAUAGAUAAUGACUUCCUUCCCCAAUCCCAGUAGCACUGAUGAAUCCUUCCUUCUUUCUUGCAUUUCCUGGUUGUAGAAUGGUGGAACAGUUUCUCCCUUGUCACCCCCUACAUACACACACAGUUUAUAAAAAUCAAGUUUGCCUCCCCAAUUGCUGUGUUGACUUAGAUGCUCUAAACCCCUUUUGCACUUUAAUUGUAUCUAUAAAGUUCUUAAAUUAGACUGUUUCUCUCUGUGUGUGUAUAUUUUAUGGCGUGCAUGUGAAGUCUAUGUUAAAUAAAAUUUUAUUGAAAUGGA